AGAACAGCGACAUCAUGAAUGACAUGGAUAAAACUCGAUUAAGGAUCAACAGGAGUCUUAUUUUACAAGAGGUUCGAAUUGAACAUGUACGGGAUUUCCUGUACCAGGAGGGAAUAAUUAGUGAAGAGGAUAUGGACAGAUGUGGGAAUGUGACUAAAACACCCAGAGAGAGAAUUGCUUGUUUACUGGACCUUUUACCGCGUCGAGGACCAGAGGCUUACAAGGCUUUUUGCUCUGGUUUACAGGAGACAUACCCUUGGGUAGUCGAAAAACUGAAUUCAACACCUAUUCCAGAAACACAAACAAAGACGCUGAGCUCAACAGUUUUACCAAAUAAGGAAAUGAAUACCGGUGAAACGUCUGAAAGGCAGAGGAUACGAGAACCUUACACAGAGUUGAAUCAUACUGUCAUUAAAAUUGUAACCCGGAGCGAAGCCCUGAAUAAGUAUAAGGAUGUUGUGAGAGCUUUAGGGGUACCUCAACCAGAUAUAGAUCAGAUCGAGUAUGCAAACUUCAGAGAUCUUCAAGAACAGUUUUACCAGUGCCUAUUGAAGUGGCAAAGUAGAGAAGGAAGAAAUGCUACAGUUGUUAGGUUAAUAGAAGUUUUGAGGGAAGAAGAUUAUAACAGUGUUGCAGACAAACUUGAUGGAUACAUAGACUGAGAUGUUGGUCGGGACACAGUUACCUCUAAUGUAUUCAGUCUUCAUUGAUUGAAUGUACAAUGUAUGAUCGUCAUGAUGUCAUUGCUUUUUAUAGGUCAUGCCUUUUACGAAAUUUUGUAUAAGUGAAAAAAUCUUCAGUAUUAAAUAACAAUGAAAUAAGUGAAUAAAUUUUAAGGAUAUAUGGUGUGUACAUACAUUUACGUAACCAAACAUAAAUUGAGGAAUGUAUAUGUGGUAAGACACGAUGGGCUACGUGUGAAACUCAGCUUCACAGGUUACAUUAUUCUAUCUAUUUAAACAUGCAUGUCUUGCAGAAGUAACUUUUACAUGCAGACAUAACAUGUGUUGCUAACUGGCCAUCGAAGCAACAGUGUCAUAGUGACAGAGCAUCUGUGUAGUAGAGUACAGAUGGUCUCUGUCUGAAAGGCACAGUGUAGUGUUGUAGAGCAU